AGUACUUUCCCAAGUUGCACACGCGCGUGCUACCAAUCCGUACUUAUAACACUCGGCAACGUUCCGAUAUUACGUUAUCAUAUUUAAAUCCAUUUCCAUUCGAAAUGUGCACUUAAAAUUCUUAAUGCUUACAAUAUAUGUUUUAUUUUAAAAUCAAUAGCAGGUUUCAUAUUGGCCGUGAUUAUUUAUGUGGGUGCUCUGUUAUUUAAAACGUUAUCAGAAGUGUUUUUUAGUUAAAUAUAAGUCAAGGGUGCAAGGGAGUCGUUCAAAAUCUGAUGUCAAUAACUUAGGAACAGUGAUAUGAUCAGACUUCAUUUGACAGAUAGACACCUCCGCGUAAUGUUGUGGUGCAUCUUACUGGGUCUGCAACCAGCUUUUGCCGGUAUAUUAGAUCCCUUCAACUGGGCUCGAUCAGAUCGUAUCGAGGUUAACAUUCCCUGGCUACCAUUUGAAAAUGAAACACGCUGCUACGAUGAACUCGGAUGUUUAAAUAUAACUAGAAGCUGGUACCACCUCAUUCAUCGACCUUUCAACGUGUUUCCAUUACCUAGAGUUGUUAUCAACACAAGGUUUAUAUUAUACACAAAGAAGAAUCCAACUGAUGGACAGAUAUUAAAUGUGAAUGUAAACAAGACUAUAACGAAAUCAAAUUUCAGUCCUGAACGACUGACCAAAAUUAUAAUACACGGUUUUAUUGACACGCCGCUAUCAAAUUGGGUGAGUGAGAUGAAAGACGAGCUAGUUAAAGCUGAUGACUAUAAUGUAGUAGUCGUGGAUUGGGCAGGAGGGAGUCUACCUUUGUACACGCAGGCCACUGCCAACACCAGACUAGUAGGACUCGAAGUAGCUCACUUUAUCAAUACAUUACAGAGAGAACACGGAUUAAAUCCUCUAGAUGUCCAUAUAAUUGGACAUUCUCUAGGCGCUCAUACUGCCGGGUAUGCUGGGGAGAGAAUACAAGGCUUAGGAAGAAUAACAGGAUUAGACCCGGCCGAGCCGUACUUUCAAGGAAUGCCAACACAUAUCAGAUUGGAUCCUACUGAUGCGCAACUCGUGGAUGUCAUUCAUACUGAUGGAAAGAGCAUAUUCCUUUUAGAUUUUGUGUUUAUGGCAGGAUAUGGAAUGUCACAACCCGUGGGUCAUUUGGACUUUUAUCCCAACAAUGGAAAGGAACAACCUGGUUGUGACCUCACCGAAGGACCUUUAGUACCCCUAACACUUGUGAAGCAAGGUCUAGAGGAGGCCUCUAGGGUACUUGUGGCCUGUAAUCAUGUUAGGGCUAUAAAACUCUUCACGGAAUCUAUCAACGGGAAAUGUCCGUAUAUUGGACAUCAAUGCCCGUCUUAUCAACAUUUCUUGUCAGGAAAAUGUUUCCAUUGUGGUCAUGGCUGUGCCAUAAUGGGUUUCCAUGCUGACAGUUCCCCGGGUUUGAUCACGAAUAAAAACAACCAAACCGAGAAUGAAGUUUAUCCGUCUGAAGAACAUGAUACCAUCGGAGCCAAGUAUUACCUGAGUACAGGCAAAGAGUUGCCUUUCUGUCAGCGUCAUUAUAAGGUGGCUAUUCAACUGGCAAAUCCAAAAGGCGCAGAAUCCUGGGUCCAGGGCUUCCUGAAAGUAACUCUAUUAUCAGAUCGUGGUGUAAUUCGAGGAAUGGAUCUCACUCCAAGUAAUUACGUUAAAUUAGAACAUGGCACAACUUACACUAUAGUUGUGACACAUCCAAUGGAUUUAGGCGGAAAAGUUAGGAAGGUAGAGCUAUCGUGGGAGUACGAUAUGAAUGUACUAGAGCCGCGAUCUCUUUGCAUCCUCUGGUGUAACGAUCGACUCUACGUAAAAUCUGUGCUCGUUGACCAAAUGGAACUGCCUAGCAGAGGGAAAAGAAAUGUUGACUUUAGCAGUAAAUUAUGUACACCAAAACGGGAAUUUGCUGAAAUUCCUAAUCGUGGCUCCGCCAGCUUUUACGACAACUGUGGAAGGUAGCCGUGCCAUACAUACACAAAGUGGUUUACUGUUAUUCAUCACAGUCUACACUUGGUGCAGACUUAAAGCUUUAAGCGGCCUGACAAUGAACACUUAGUGACACAAGUCUGGUUGCAUACCCUAAAAGUGAUUGUGACUGUCUCAGUGAUGUUGUUACAGGGUGAAGAAAGGUGUCUUUCUCUAAAUUAUGAAAAAUUGUUGAGUUUUAUAUGUAGACUAAGUGAAACGCUUAAUAUAUCUACCUAUAAUGUUUUAUAUUUUAUUAAAUAAUUAUGAA